AUGCGCUCUCUUAUCCUAAGCCCUGAUGCGAACGAAGCUCUACUGAGCUAUAGCUGGACUAGGUUGGAAGAAACGGGAGAAGAUUUCAUCUAUCUAGGCAAGGCGUUUUUAACGUUGCUUGUAACUAUACAGGGCAAACAUCCAUGGUCUCGUCUUCCUACCGGCAACCUAGUGACUGGAUUUUCCUUGAUAGAAAAGAUAUUUAAAAGCCUCCAGUGUGCUGAAACGAUCGCAGCUGACUCAUUGGUCGAACCUAUCAAACUAAGAAUGGCAAGGGUUCUAUUAUAUCAUCAAUAUGAGCAGAAACUUAUUGAGCUUAGAUAUAACUCUAGCUCACCUAUUCGUCUUUCUUCGGGUAAGGGUUUAGCUAGUAUAGUAAAGUCCGUCAUCUUAGAAAGAAUAUAUGGGUCGCAGUAUCAGAACCUCACUGCACAAGCUAAACGAAAACGCGAGAACAGCCUUAAAUGGCAUACGAGGAUUGGUAAGAGAUGGUUAUACGUGACAUCCUAG